AUGGCACCAGCAGUCUCAACCAAAGAUGACGAAGCUCAUCAGCAACUCCUGAGUCAGCUCGAUAUUGCAGCUCUUCCGAAGCCGUUCCGCAAUCCUCACUGGAAGCCCUCCACCCGCCGCAACAAGAACGUCAAGGCGAUCAUCGCAGAAACUUCGCGCAAAGAGGCAUCUCAGCUGGCCACUCAGACUAAUUCGGGUGCUAUGACUCCUGUCGCGACAGACACCGUGAGCACUGAUGGCACCAAGACGCCCGCCGAUGGUCCCGGCAAGAAUCCCAAUAUCGCGCAAGCUGCGCAGAAUCUCUCCACUCUCGUACUGGAGAAGAACGCACGCGCUAUGUAUCCAAGUGGUCCAGCUGUGACAUACACCAACAUUGAGUCGGCACCGUCGCUUGACCCGGCCAACAAGCGUCAUUACUGUGACAUCACAGGCCUGCCUGGUCCUUACACCGAUCCCAAGACGCGACUGCGCUACCAUAAUAAGGAGAUCUUCGGUGUCAUUCGCAACCUGUCACAAGGCGUGCCGGAGAGCUACCUGGAGGCCAGAGGAGCCCACACGAUUCUAAAAUAA